UAUGAAGAAUUUUCAAGUGAUUCACGCGGUGGAAAACAUACUGACUCGUUCUAUGAUAUGUUUCCCGAAAUUGAAGCAGAUGCUAGAUCCUUCGUUGUUCAAGCAUGUUCACAAAAUGAUGGUGAAACACCUAUGUGGAUUUUGCCAACCCAAAAUCCUCACAGAAUACUUAUAUUUCAUGAUGAAUCAACAUUUAGAAGCGGUGAAGUUAGUCCAAAACGGUGGUUUUUCCAAGAACAUACACCGUUUUUUUCAAAGGGACGCGGUCGUAGUCAUAUGGUUUCUGAUUUUCUUGUUCAACAUCCUAGUGGACCAUUUUUUGGACUUAGUGAAAAUGAAUGGGAACAAGCUGUUCGGAAAUAUCAAUCGUUAAGUGUUGAUGGUGAUGUUAAUUAUCUUGAUCGAACAGCAACAGCUAGUAUUAAUAUUGGAACAGACGCGUAUUUUGAUAACGAUACGAUCCUAGGACAAACUCACACUGCCAAAUCAAAUUCAUUACAAGACUUUGGUAAAAAUUUGGGCACUCGUUGUCCUGUUGAACAAAUCGAAUAUAUUGAUGAAAAUGGCGCAACAAAAGUUGUUGAUUGUUAUUUUAAAGGAGGAGAAAACAAAGACAAAUCAAAACGUUUAGUUGAACUAUGUAAAGAUUUAGGUGUGCAGUUACCAGCUAAAAUUAAAUUAGACGAAAUUCGUGAAAUACUUUCAGCGCAUCGAGCUUUCCGAAAUGUAAGCUACAAAACUUGA